AUGCUGGACGGUGUUUUGCAAUUAGAGAUUGACAUUGAUGCUGCUCCAAUUUCAGUUUACACACGCUUCCGUUCCGCACCCACCCCGACGUCUUCUGUGUCUAUUUCCAUGGGCGAGGCCUCGACGACGGAAGCAGGAACCUCAGAAAUUCACCGCGCUGCAGGUAUUCUUUCUCAUCCCGUCCCAUCUGACUCAUUUAAUUUGGGUAUUCAGGAAAUUCAAGUGGGUAAUAUGGGUGGAUUGUUAUUAGGACGUGAGUUUCGACUCUGAAUGUAGAAUAGAUGCGCUAUCUCAUGAAAUACUUGCCAAACUUCUGAAAUUAGCUGCGCAAUGCAAGGUAGCCGAAGACGACGCUAUACCCGGUGAUAUCUACAAGACUUUUAUUGACACUCUGGCGUCCUGUCUAUGUGAUGUGUUUGAACGGGAGUGGAGAAAUGAGGUUGCUCCUUAUGACUGGGACUCAGGCAUGCUUAUGCAUAUCCUCAAGAAGAGAACGAAGGCAGGAUGCGAGAACUACCGCAGCAUAAGCCUCAUCGAUGUUGCUGCGAGGCUCCUCGUUAUUGUCCCUCUUGGGCGACUACAGGCUGUGCGUGAUUCCAGCAGAAUGUCCAAGCAAGCAGAAUUUCCUGCUGGACGAGGAUGUACGGACCAGAUGUUCACACUGAUGCGCAUUCCACAAUUCCGUCAUAACUACCAGCAACCGAGGGUUGUGUGAGUUACUGACUUUGUCGCCGCGUUCGAGUCCGUCCAUCAUGCGUCCCUGUGGUGGAUAAUGGUAGUAGGUGGUGUACUGCCAAAUAUCAUCGGCAUGAUCAAAGCCUUUUAUCACUCAAGUAAUACGCCUAUUCUGGCUCGCAGCAGUCUUUCCCUGCCGCUCGGUAUUCGGUAUGGCGUUCGACAGGGUUGUCUUCUGUCGCCAAUUCUGUUCAACUACGCCACUGACUGGAUUUUCAUGAGAGCCCUACACUAAGGCGAAGUUGUUGAGUUGACACCCGGGCACUGACUGACUGAUCUUGACUAUGCCGAGGAUAUUGCCUUACUGGGUGCAAAUGUUGGUGAUCUGAAGUCUAUGGUGUCAUGGGUGAACGAGUUUGCAAAAUCGGGUCGUUUAUGCAUAAACGCCGGGUAAAUAGAGUAAUCAAGCUGCAUCCCUGUCCAGGAGAAGGAACCUCUGGGGAUUCCUGGCUGUGAAUUUGAAGAAGAAGAAGAAGAUGACAAUCUUAAAUACCUCGACGCGAGUUUUCUGCCGAAUGAACAGAGGAAGUGCGACAUUGUAUUCGAAAUUGAUUCUGCCCACCGGAUUUUCUCAAGCCUUAGAAAAUGCAUAUGGAUUUGAUGCUACUCUGACUGACCGAUCUCUUUAAAUAUUGGCCUAAAUUCUGAAAUGUCUUUUCGUUUAGGAGGUAUUACUUAUGUGCGGUUGUAAUACUUAUUAUCUUGCGGCAUAAGUCUAUAAUAUUUGGGACUCUGCAGGAUGCCAGCUUUUGAAUGCAAUGACUUCCAAUCUCCCCUGGAAUCCGUACUCGGUAAAAAAUGAUUAUUAAUGUAGCAUAUAUUUUUAGCAUUGAUUUUUGAUGGCCUUGCAAAUUAGAGUAUAGUUUAUAGAGAACAUGAACAAAAUAUGCCUUCUUUAAGUCAUUUGAGAGAGAAUCAAUUCACUCUUAUAUUUUAUACUCGAAGAGGGAAUAUAAUAAGGUUUUAAAACAUUUUCUAAUUAUUAGAUUUUUAGGAGCGUGCCAUGUGCAUUCCUACAACAUCCUACCUGUCUGUUUACCACUGCUCCUCAUGAAAUGCACAUCGUCCGCAUCCAUUGCAAAACUUUAUGGAUCGUAUGUUAUUUUCUUUACGGGGAACACAUGCACCUUGUAGACUGAAAUCACUAAGCGCUAAUGCAACGGCUAAUCAGGCUCCAAAUUAUUCGGGAUUAGAAAACAUUGAUUAAAGCCUAAUUAGACUUCUUUUUCGAGUAUAAAAUAUAACGACGAUGUGAUUGUCUAUCACCUGAUUGAAAGACAGCAUAUUUUUGCUCGUGGUUUUUAUAAAGUAUAUUGGAUUUUGCAUGAUCGCCGAAAAUCAAUGGGAAAAGCGCAUGCUCCUUAAGCAAUCAUUUCUUGCCAAGUUCGGUUACUACAGAAAACUAAAAAACAGUGUAUUCAAAAGCUGACAUCCCGCCGAGUCCAAAAUGUUAUAGGAUGAUGCCGCGAGAUAAUGAGUAUUACAAAAGUGGCUAAGUAAUCCUUCUCAAUCAAAAACACAUUUCAGAAUUUUGGCCAACAUUUCAUGAGAUCGGCCACGCAAUCUAUAUCUCCAUCGCCACUAAUAUUCGCGCAAACCACGCAUGUAUCCAGCCUGUCCUUCUGGUUCUUUCUUAAGCGACUGCGAAUAUCACAACAGCUAUAGUGUAUUUCAGAAAUUGAUAAUCCCUAGUGAGUGAAGGAUAGACCACACAUGCUGGCCCGUGUUUUGCAUAUAGAGUCCGACAUCGAGGCUGCUCUAAUGUCGUUUCCAACAGGUCUCAGUACUACACUCAGCCCAACGCCUACCAUGUCUAUUUCCCUGUGUGAGGCCUCUAACACUUAAACAGGUGCAUCAGCUAUUCGUACAUCUGAAGGUAUUCUUCCUCUUUGCUUCCCAUCUGACGCAUUUCAGUCGAAAAUGGAAGAGAUUCAAGUGGGUGUUUUGCGUAGAUUCUAAUUAGCACGUGGUUUCCGAGUCUGAAUGUGCGGUAGAUAUGUUACCUCACGAAUUACCUGCUUGUGUAUGGUAUCGGUGUUCGCAGACGACACACGUAACAUGUAGGUGGUCUGUUUUUUGUUCUAGAGAACCAAGUGUCGAUAAGUUUUGGCGUAUGGACUUGGAGAUACUAUUUUUAAAAUAUGAAUGCAGAAGAUGGUUGUGUGCACAUGCGUAAGUUUCCAUGCAUACCAAGUGCAGUUGUUACAUCUCUAGUCUACUGUAAUUAGGGUUUACAUUCUUGGCAAAUGGUUGAGAGAUUGGACGCGGUUACAUGCUGGAUAUACACAGGGAUGCACCCGUUUUACCGUUGUAUGUCGAACUUAGUCAGCGUACGGAAGUUGAGAAGUCAACUGUUUGUCACAGCAACUUGAGAGGAGGCUAGUUGUCUUCAGUACAGACGUUCCGAUGUCGAGACAUUUUUUCCACAAAAAGCUUCUCACAUUGUGCAAAUGAAUUCCGACCGAUAGCGGAGUGUGAGACGGUUUGUACAUACGUUCUGAAGAGGACAAUAGUCGAUGAACUGGACCACAAAGUAAUUGAUUUCUCCGGUCACAGUGAGAGUGGGCCAACUGGCCUUAUGUUGAGACUGGCCAUUGCUUGAACAAUGUUUUAAAGAGGAUUUUCAAAAUUGUGUUCAAGAAUGAGUCGCAGCAUGAUUGAGGGUGUCUGCAAAAAGCCAGAGCAAUCUGCCACCUGCGCGGAAUUCUUCUUGUCUAUUAUUUUAUUUUUUGUGGCCAGCGAAUGCAACAACGGUGGGGCAACGUGAGCCCCCCCCCGCCAUCACUGAAUUCGUCAUCACCGAUAGGCACUUACGGGUUAGUUCAACGACAAUUAGUCAUAUUCUCCCUGUUGAGUAUUCAUCUCAAUGAAAACGCAGGGGUGGAGAAGAACGCGGUCCUUGAAGUGGAAUCCACGUCUGCAUCCUCGGUGCAUCUACACUUGUGUCGUUCUUCGGCAACGGAGGCGUCGAACUUAGAUGUUCAUGGCUUUGCAGGUACUACCUAUCUUUCAUCCUCAAUGGACUCUUUUAAGACAGGAAUUUAAGGGGUUUUGUUUACUGUAGGCAGUCGGUUAUCUAAGGCCUGAGGCCUCGUUCGAGUGAAAAUACUUGUUAAAUAAAUGGUAGACUGUGUGAGAUGUAGUUAUGUGACCCCGCCAUGUGGACAUAUUACUGUUGGUGUUGGGGCUAGGGGUUAGGGUUGGGCGUUAUUGAUUAGGGGCCUUAACGUUGAAGGUGCGUACCCCAUCCUCACCUGUAAAAACCCCUAUUACUACCGGUCCCAUAUUACAGGUGGCUGAGGUUUGUUUACUUCUGUUGGGGCAACAUAACCACAUCGGACCCUCCAGUGUGUGGGAUACACAAAACUAACUGCUCAUGCCGACCAGAUGCGUCAGCUGCAAUAGCGCUGGAAACUAUGAGUAGCAUUAACACAGUCCACUGAAAGGCCGCGUAUCCAAUGUAUCCCAGCAUAAACACACAUCUCGACUGGAGGUUUAAUUGUCCUAAAUUCGAACGCUGCUCCGCAAUCUUUAAGACGAAAAUCAUUUAAAAUUCGUCAUUUACUCAUUAAAAACUGAUCACAGUGCUUGGAUUCGCAUGUAGCAGAAAGUGCAGAAAAUCUAAAUGCAUCUCCUACCCCCUUCCAGGUGCAGACAAGUGCGCAGUACAUACCUUCGAAGUUAUCCAUUUCGUUCCAGCCAACCGUUUGAGUAUCACCAAAGAUCGAAACUACGAAAAUGUUACGCGACUUUCGUCAAUCACGCCCGCCAUUGAGGGACGGGAUUUGGUUAAUGAGCAAAUCGGUAAGGCCUACAAUUUCAUCAAGGAUACAGCGCUUUACUUGUUACGUCUACCGUUGUCUCAUGAUGAUACUGGCCAUUGCUUGGACAAUGUUUUGAAGAGGAUUUUCAAAAUUGUGUUCAAGAAUGAGUCGCAGCAUGAUUGA